AUGGCCGUCUUACGUCGUUCUUCAUAUGCACUUGCUCGCAUUUCUCCAGCGCGUCCUUACGCGACUUCUAGCAAUGCGAGUAAACUCACCAUUGGCAUUCGCAGGGAGGACCCGCUCCGGAUAUGGGAGCGAAGGUGUCCACUCACUCCGGAUGUCGUGAACGAGCUCACAGAGAAGGAAGGUGUCGACGUAUUAAUUCAGGAAUGUGAAAGAAGAGUAUGGUCUACGGACGAAUUCGUCAAGGCUGGAGCUCGAGUCCAUCCUACACUCUACCCGGCACACAUCAUCCUGGGUAUCAAGGAGACGCCAUUGCAGGAAGUCUUCAACGACCCCAUCCCCGCGCUCUCGGGUUCGGUGGACCAUCCACUCCUUCCCCGUACUCACCUCAUGUUCUCCCAUACCAUCAAAGGCCAGAUGUAUAACAUGGAACUACUCUCAAAGUUUGUCUCUUCAGAUAUACCGGGAGGAACGCAGACACAGGACCCCGCCCUGCUUCCACGUCUCAUUGACUACGAAUUGCUUACUGGAGAGGACGGAAAACGGACAGUUGGGUUUGGCUGGUUUGCCGGGGUCGCAGGUGCCCUUGAAUCUUUGAGUGCCCUCGCUCAUGCACAGCUUGAACUUGGUGUGGCGAGUCCUUUUCUAUACACUCCCCGGCCGCACUCGUAUCCUACGCUUGCCUCCAUCCGCGCUCUGCUCAAAGACGUUGUAGGCGCGCGUAUUGCGCUGGAAGGCACACCUAAGAGCCUGGGGCCACUCGUGUUUGGGGUAACAGGGAUGGGGAAAGUAGCUCAGGGCGUUCUUGAUCUUCUAGAAGAUCUGCCUAUUGAGAAAGUUAAAGUCAGGGAUUUGCCGGCAUUGGUGGGAAAUCCCGAUACUGACCUUCACAAGAUAUAUGUAGUGCACGCACUUCCGGAGGACUAUUUUGUGCGGAAUGAUGGCAUGAGAUACUCGCGUUCAGAUUACUAUGCAAACCCCCAAGACUACCAAUCCGAAUUCCAUUCCAAGAUUGCCCCAUACUUGUCCCUGCUUCUGCAUGGAGCAGGGUGGUCCCCGUCCUAUCCACGGCUCAUGACCAACGAACAACUAACUCUCGCACUCGAGAAGGCGCAACAAGUCGGAAGAGGCCGUUUUGCCUGCGUAGGCGAUAUCAGCUGCGACAUCGAGGGCGGUCUCGAGUUCCUCCCCAACACAUCGACGCUCUCCGCACCGUUCUUUUCCACGCGCCCAAAUACGCUUCCCGCUCACCUCCCGUCUGUCACGAUGAUGGCAGUCGACAUCUUACCGACGGCACUUCCGCUGGAGGCGUCCCAGCAUUUUUGUAGAGUUCUCAUGCCGUAUCUGCGUUCGCUUAUCGCAGGCUACCGUGGGACGAACACGAGACAGGGCAAGGAGCAUGAGGCGUUGGACAAAGCGACGGUUGCUUGGAACGGUAAGCUCACCGAGAAACACGCAUGGUUACAAAAACCAUUGGGUAUUUGGAGUCGGUCUACUGCUGCAUCUGCUGCUGCUGCUAGGGCAUAUUUGUCACAGAUAUCAUCUGAUACAGCGAAGCGUGACACAACCUUGAAUUUAAAGAAGAAAGUGCUGAUGCUGGGGAGUGGAAUGGUUGCGGGCCCUGCGAUUGAAGAAAUUUGCAAACGUCCCGACGUGCAGCUUCUCGUUGCCAGUAACUCUUUAGCUGAUGCUGAGCGGCAGACAGGCUCGUUCGCGAAUGCGACGGCUCGCUUGGUUGAUAUGAGUGACGCGGAGCAGGUUGGUCAAUUAAUUCAGGAGUCGGAUUUGGUGAUAAGCCUCCUUCCGGUUCCAUUCCAUCCAGCAGUGGCUAAAUUGUGUAUUCUGCACCGGAAACACUUAGUGACAGCAUCGUACAUCUCGCCGACCAUGAGGGCUCUCCAUGACGAAGCAGUUGCAGCAGAUGUCCUCCUCCUGAAUGAGAUUGGGCUUGAUCCUGGAAUCGACCAUUGCUCCGCGAUAUCGCUCCUCGACUCGAUUCGCGCCCAAGGGAAAGAAAUUGUAUCUUUCACGUCCUUCUGUGGCGGAUUGCCAGCUCCCGAGUGCGCAGAAGACGUACCACUGGGCUACAAAUUCAGCUGGAGUCCCAAAGGUGUCUUGACGGCUACCUUGAACGCAGCCACGUUCAGAGUUAGAGGAAAGAACUAUCACAUUGACGGUAGCAAUCUCCUGCCUGCGCAUAUACCCGACAUACCCGUGUCUAAAGUGAUCAAAUUCGAAGGUCUAGCCAACCGUGAUAGUCUGCCGUACGCGAAGUUCUAUGGAUUAGGACCAGCUGACGAAAUGCGGACAAUAUUCCGCGGCACUUUGCGAUAUCCAGGUUUUUCGCGGCUUAUGAACGGCUUCAGCCGAAUAGGUCUGCUGGAUAGCUCGGCGCCGAUCCGUCUCGACAGCUGGACGUCGCUCGCGCGCAAGUCGCUGGAGGAGCGGCUCGGAACGCUGGUCAUGGACGACGACUUAUCGAUCCGCUCCGCCAUUCGCGAUGCCGUUGAAUCGGUGAGCCUAGACGAGAUGGGGGAGCUGGUCGAUUCCCUGUGCUGGCUGUCGUGCAUGCCGCACAGCGCUCUCGAGUCUGUUGUCGGCAACCAGACCGCGUCGUUGCCGCCGCUGCCAAGCCAGCCCAUGUUGCCCAUCGACUUGUUCGCAACGUUACUCGCGCACAAGCUCCGCUAUCAGCCCGCAGAACGCGAUCUUGUCGUUCUGCACCACGAAAUUGUGGCGCGGCCGCAAGGCAGGUCGGACGCGCGCUCGGUGCCGAGCACAGAGACACACACAUCCUCCCUGAUAUCGUAUGGGACACCGCAGGCGUCCGCCAUGUCGCGGUGCGUGGGGCUGCCUGUGGCGUUCGCGGCACUUCAGGUACUCGAAGGCAGCGUGCAGCUCCGUGGCGUGCACGGACCGACGGAUAAGGCGGUGUAUGAGAAUGUGUUGCGGCGUUUGACAGAGGUCGGGCUAGGCGUGUCGGAAGGCGUGCGGAGGGGCACUGGGUCUGUGGAAGAUACGCUUCAUCGACAUUUCUCUAAUCGCGGUCCGGCUCUCGAGGCUUGA